AUGGUUGUUCCGAUCCCACUGUCGUUGAGGUGCAGCCUUGCGUGGAUCUGGAUCACCAUCGCCGCGGCGCAACCGCCAUGGAAUUCACAGGAAUUGAGCUCCCUGCCUGGUCUGGCCCCGUGGUACUGUCCACCAAUAGGCCUCGAAGAAGGUGCUUGUGUGAGAAAGCAUCGUUUCGGCCAAGCUCCGUUGUACAUGGAAAGCUCGAUAGUGCCUUUGUCGGUGAAGGUUGUACUGGCAGUUGUGCAGGAGCAGGUUGGAGAGCAGGUGUCUCGAUUGGCGCAGAUUCUACUCUCGAAAAUCGAGGCUAUCAGGCUCAUAACAUGUACGGGGCGGUUCAGCGGCUGCUAUCCUCAGGGAGUGGUGGACCAGACCAUGGCUGAGCUGUGUUCGUACAUCAAUGGCCUUCAAGGUCGACUGAAUUCUCUCGGAGGCGAUGACCACGUUUGCGAGGCACUGUUUCAGCAUGGCGACGGUGGAGCUAUGCUGCGCGCCAUUGCCACGCCUCUGCAGAAGUUUGUCGAACUUGCCUUUCCCAGAGCAGCACCGCCUGCACUUGGCAACUUUGGCUCUCGAUUCAACUUCGAGUAUUUCUUCAGUGAAAGAGCAAAGGUGGUCCUGGAGCGCGGAGGCACGGUCCAACCGGGACGACUCUCGUAUCCACCCAUCUUCAGUCCGGGGGGUAUAUGCUCCAUGGAGAACGAUGACACCACGCAGAGCAUUGGACCUGAUGUUGCAUACGUGCUGACGAAGCUUCGGCAAGCCAAGGUGGCCAUGUCGAACUUCGUGGUUAAUUUUGGAGCUGCCGAUGGCGAAUGCGGCUCCGAAGAGGACUGGAACGCGGACCCUGCAAACUGCCUCACCGCAGAAGGCUACUCGGCAGUUCUAGUAGAAGGAGAUCAGAAGUUCUUCGAGUCGUUGCGCGAUCGAUAUGGAAAUCGAUCCGAUGUUUCCAUGAUCCUUCAGUUCAUGCCACUGGACAACGUGACUGACAUGCUGGCGGACCAGCUGAGCAAAAUGCCGACAGCAUCACCAUCACCAGAUCUGUUGAAGGUAGAUGUUGAUCAUGCUGAUUGCUUAUUCAUGCGUCAGGCCCUGCAGGUCAUUCAGCCAAAGGUAAUCCACUUGGAGUACAUGCCACAGGCACCUCCACCUCUCGAAUAUGUGCAGCACUAUCAGAGUGCAUUGCUCAAGGUGGAUUUGCAGGGCCGGGCUGAACCACUCCUUCUCCAAGAACGACUCUGGAAACCAUCUGCGCAGUUCGUGUGGUCAGAAGAACAGCUCCAAAAGAAGAUGCCAGUCAGUGAUGAUUCAGGUGGGCAGCAACAAAGGGGAAGUGGCCGCGAGAUGACAGGCUGCUCAUUGUCUGCCUUCCUGGCUCUUGCACCAGGCUAUACGUUGUUCGCUGCCGGAGACGAAGAAGCACUUCUGUCGAGGAACGACCUUCAACCAAUUGUUGGUCGGCCGCCAGAGGCUUUCGAUGCUUGGCUGCGUGGUGCCUUCUGCAACCCUCGCAGGGUUACCAAUGCGCCCGACUAUGCAACCUGGGGGUUCGACUUUCGGGCCUUGGCAGAUCUGAAAGUCUCUGCCUCGGCGCGGUGCAAGCAGCUCAAGCACCUGCUGAAGGCUCACGGAGCUCAUGCCUUUUCCUUGAGCGGGACAGACUGCUGA